AUGGAGAAUAUUUUAAACUUCAAUGAGCCUUUAGAUAUCAAUUUGUUGGAUCAAAUUGUUUCUGUUCUUUAUAAUCCACUAAGUAACAAGAACGAUAUUAAAGCAGCUCAAAUGGUACUUGGUAAAUUUCAAGAGCAUCCAGACGCUUGGUCAAAAGUUGAUACAAUUUUGGAAACUUCAAAAAUUGUGCAAACCAAAUUUAUUGCCUUGGUCAUCAUGGACUCUUUAAUCAAAUACCGUUGGAAGAGUUUACCACGUGAACAAUGUGAAGGUAUCAAAAACUACAUUGUAUCUCUCAUUAUUCGUCUUUCCUCUGAUCCACAAACUAGUUCUCGUGAGAAAUUAUUAGUUAACAAAUUAAAUUUGGUUUUUGUCCAAAUUUUAAAACAAGAAUGGACCACUAAUUGGAGCACAUUCAUUCCAGAAAUCAUUAGCAGUAGUAAAACUAAUGAAUCAUUGUGUGAAAAUAAUAUGGUUAUCUUAAGACUUUUAAGUGAAGAAAUUUUUAACUUUUCAGAAGAACAAAUGACUCAAACAAAAAUUCAAACAUUAAAGAUUACAUUUGAAAAAGAAUUUUCAUUAAUUAAUGAUCUUUGUUUUUACAUUUUGGAGAAUGCAACUAGAGCAUCAUUAAUUAAAGCAACAUUGGAAACUCUUCAAAGAUUUCUUAAUUGGGUACCAUUACAUUAUAUCAUUGAAGUGAAUGGUGGUAUUGCAGAACCAUCCAAGUUGGUUAAAUUAUUACUUCACAAAUAUUUCCCAGAGCCAUUAUUUAGAAAUAGUACAUUGAAAUGUCUCACAGAGAUUGGUAAUCUUAAUUUGGGUAAUCAACAAUAUGACGCCGUCUUUAUUGCUAUCAUUGAUAAGUUUAUGAAUCAAAUUAAAUUCAUAAAACCAGAUCCAUCAAAGAUUCCACAAGAUUAUGAAGAUGGUGAUCAAGGUGAACGUUCUUUUAUUCACACGGUCUCUUUGUUCCUCACUGGUUUCUUUAAGAGUCAUCUCAAGAUCAUGGAAAACAGUUUAAACAUCCCAUACCUCACAUUGGCCCAUGAGAUUUUGGUAAACAUUUCAAAUAUCGAUGAGUUGGAACUUUUUAAGAUUUGUCUUGAAUAUUGGAAUUUCCUUAGCUCCAAUCUUUACUCUGACAUUGCCACCUUUACAACCACACUCUUAUCAACUCCACCAAGAUUACAACUUUACAAAAGUGUUCUUAGCAAAGUUCGUGUCGUUUUAAUAGAUCAUAUGGCUAAACCAGAGGAAGUCAUUGUGGUAGAGGAUGAAAAUGGUAAUAUCGUUCGUGAAACCACCAAAGAUACAGACUCUCUUACACUCUAUGAAUCAAUGAGAGAAACUCUUAUCUUUUUAACUCAUCUCGACUCUGAAAAUACUCAACAUAUCAUGUUGGAGAAAUUACAAACCUUAAUCUCUGGUCGUGAAUUCACUUUCCAACGUCUCAAUACCUUAUGUUGGGCUAUCGGUUCCAUUAGUGGAGCUCAAAACAAAGAACAAGAAAAGAGAUUCCUUGUCACCGUUAUCAAGGAUCUUUUGGAACUUUGUCAAAAUAAAAAAGGUAAAGAUAACAAAGCCGUCAUCGCAAGUGAUAUCAUGUACAUCGUUGGUCAAUAUCCAAGAUUCCUCAAAGACCAUUGGAAAUUCUUAAAGACCGUUGUCAAUAAACUCUUUGAAUUUAUGCACGAAUCUCAUCCUGGUGUACAAGAUAUGGCUUGUGAUACCUUUUUAAAGAUCUCCAAACAAUGUAAGAGAAAGUUUGUUGUACUCCAAGUCGAAGAAUCUCAACCAUUCAUUAAUGAACUCCUCAAUCAACUCUCAACCACUAUCGCUCAUUUGGAACAAUCACAAAUUCAUACCUUUUAUGAAGCCGUUGGUUAUAUGAUUGCCUCUUCUUCCGAUGCUGCUUUCCGUGAGAAAUUGGUAAAUAAAUUCAUGGAAUUACCAAAUCACUCUUGGUUACAAAUUAUGGGUGCCGCUAGUGUAAAGGUUGAAUCUUUAUUGACUGUUGAAGUUGCUCGUGAUAUCCUUAAUCUCAUUAAAACCAAUAACCGUGCUGCCAUGUCACUCGAAAAUUGUUAUAUCACUCAAAUCUCAAAGAUUUACUUGGACCUUCUCAAUGUCUACCGUACCUAUAGUGACCAUAUCUCUAGAAAUCCAAAUAUCUAUCGUGAAACUUUGGGUCAAGCAAUGAGAUCCGUAAAGAAGGAAACUCUUAAACUCUUGGAAACCUUUAUUGAGAAAUCUUCCGAUAAACAAGUUAUCUACUCUAAUUUCCUUCAACCAUUGUUAGAGGCCGUUUUGGGUGACUAUAGAACCAACAUUCCAGAGACUAGAGAUCCAGAGGUUCUCUCAUUGAUGACCGCUAUCAUCACAUCACUCAAACAAUUGGUUCACCCAGAGGUACCAAAGAUUUUAGAGGCCGUCUUUGAAACCACAUUAUCAAUGAUCACCAAAAACUUUGAAGAUUAUCCAUAUCAUCGUAUCAAUUUCUUCAAUCUCAUCAGAGCAAUCAAUUCAAAUGCUUUCACCGUUUUCCACAAUCUUCAUCCACAACAAUUCAAACUAUUGAUUGAUUGUGUCGUUUGGGCUUUCAAACAUACCGAAAGAAAUAUCAGUGAAACUGGUCUUCAUAUUUUGAAAGAAUUGAUUGAAAACGUCUCAAAGAACUCUGAUGUUGCCAAUGUAUUCUUUAAGACUUAUCUCGUUUCUUUGUUGAAUGAUAUUCUAUACAUCUUAACAGAUUCUUUCCACAAGAGUGGCUUUGCUUUAGAAUGUGAUAUCUUAAGAAUGAUGUUCCAAGUCGUUGAGAAUGGUGUUGUUAAAAUUCCACUCUUUGAUCCACAACAAGCAAACUUCCCUUCAAACUCUGAAUAUGUCAAAGAAAUCGUUGUCACUUUCCUUUCAGCUUCUCCAAAUGUCUCAAGACCACAAAUCCAGGCUUUCGUCACUCGUCUCUUUAAUCUCGCCAACAUUAACAACAAUGAUUUCAAAUCUGCAACUCGUGAUUUCCUUAUUACCCUCAAAGAAUGGAAGAGUCAUGAAAAUGCUGACCUUUACUCUGAUGAGAAAAAUAUUGAAAAAGCUUUAGCCUUAAAGAAACAAUCAAUGAUUCCAGGUAUGGUUAGACCAAAUGAUGUCAAUUUGGAAAUGAAUGACCUUUAA